AUGCGUCUAUCAAUCAUAACACUAUUCACUGCUGGUUUAGCCUUGGUCUCGGCUUUGGCUAUACCACCGCUAGAAGUUCCAGCAAACGAUACCCUCGCGAUAUCAGAACAAGAGGGAGUCAUCCCGAUCGCGUUUAUCAAAUGCACCGACUACCGUCUUGACCCGAGAAAUAUCAACGAAGCCAGGAGGAAACUCGCCAACUGGGGUCUAAGACACAAGGUUCCCGGAAAGUCAGUGAAAAAGGAAAGGUCCGGCGACAUGGCUUGGUAUGUCUGCAACUGCAAGUGGCUCCACAAGGACGGACUGGCGAUGACCGAGCUCAUGGAGGCCGAGAGGGCGAUCUUUAAAGAAUGCGGGUUAUGGAAGAGCGGUUGGCUUUACAGUCACAAGUGGGAGAAGCUUUACCAGAUACAAUCGAUGGAUUGGAUUUCGAAGCUACCAGAGACCUGGAACUGGUGCCCGCACUACUGCGUCUUUUUCGAGGUUGGGAAAGGCAAGCUUGCGAUUGAUGAUGCGACGCUCAAUUCGACGGAUUCUGAGGAAAGUUAUUCCUGA